ACAGCUGCUCAGGAAGCCAUCCUGCAUGCGUCUGCAAAUGGCGCAUCUUUACUUUCCAAGGACUAUUGCAUGCAUUAUAACCCUAAAUGGACAACACUUCCAAGUUCCCUAGAAAAUGCAACUUCUCUUAGCUUGAUGAAUCUGACUGGCACGCCACUGUGCCACCCUUCUGAUAUUCCUCCUGAUGGCAUAAAGAACAAAGCAGUGGUGGUACAAUGGGGACCCUGCAAUUUUCUUGAGAAAGCCAGGGUUGCACAGCAAGGUGGUGCUGAAGCAUUGCUGAUUGCCAACAGCAGUGUCCUCCUUCCUUCCUCAAGGAACAGAUCUGAAUUCCAAAAUAUGACUAUACUAAUUGCAGUUAUAAGCCAAAAAGACUUAAAAGACAUGAAACAGACUCUUGGAGAUAACAUUACCGUGCAAAUGUAUUCUCCAUCCUGGCCUAACUUUGACUAUACUAUGGUGGUUAUUUUUGUAAUUGCUGUGUUCACUGUGGCAUUAGGAGGAUACUGGAGUGGACUCAUUGAAUUGGAAAACAUGAAGUCAGUGACAGAUGCUGACGAGAAAGAGACGAGGAGAAAGAAGGACGAGUAUUUGACUUUCAGCCCUCUUACAGUUGUCGCAUUUGUGGUCAUCUGCUGUGUAAUGAUCGUCUUACUCUAUUUCUUCUACAAGUGGCUUGUUUAUGUUAUGAUAGCAAUUUUCUGCAUAGCGUCAGCAGUGAGUCUGUACAACUGUCUUGCUGCAUUGGUUGAUAGGAUGCCAUGUGGACAGUGCACGAUUUCCUGUUUCGGCAAAAAUAUUAAAGUGAUCCUGAUUUUCCUCUCUGGACUGUGCAUCUCUGUCGCUGUUGUGUGGGCUGUGUUUAGAAAUGAGGAUAGAUGGGCUUGGAUUUUACAAGAUAUCUUAGGAAUUGCUUUCUGUCUCAACUUAAUCAAAACAAUGAAGUUACCCAAUUUCAAGUCAUGUGUGAUACUGCUAGGCCUUCUCCUGGUCUAUGAUGUGUUUUUUGUCUUCAUAACACCAUUCUUCACAAAGAACGGCGAGAGCAUCAUGGUGGAACUUGCCGCUGGGCCUUUUGAGAAUGCCGAAAAGCUGCCAGUACUGAUCAGGGUGCCAAAGCUGAUCUGUUACUCAGUAAUGAGUGUAUGCUUCAUGCCCGUUUCAAUAUUGGGUUUUGGAGAUAUUAUUGUACCAGGCCUGUUGAUUGCAUAUUGUAGAAGAUUUGAUGUUCAGACUGGUUCUUCUUCUAUAUACUUUAUUUCAUCUACAAUUGCCUAUGCUGUUGGCAUGAUAAUUACAUUUGUUGUCCUGGUGCUGAUGAAGAAGGGGCAGCCUGCUCUCCUGUAUUUAGUACCUUGUACACUUCUUGCUGCCUCAGUCGUUGCUUGGAGUCGUAAGGAGAUGAAAAAGUUCUGGAAAGGGAACAGCUAUCAGGUAAUGAACCAUCUGGACUGUUCAACAAAUGAAGAGAGCCCAGUGACUACUGAUGAGCAGGCUGUGCAGCAGUAAUUAUGUGGACCUACAAUGAUGUGCUGUUGAUUUUUUACAAAUAGAAUUUGCCACACAUACCCCUUUUUAUUUUGGUUUUUGAGACAGUCGGUAUUGGAGCUCACAGUCCUCCUGCCUCUGCCUCCCAAUUGUUUUAAAUCAAGGUUUGAACUGAAAAUUGGAAACAUUUGCAGUGAUGUUUGCCAAUCCAUAUAUUUUUAUGACCUGGUAAAAUUCAUCAUACAUAGUGAAAAUGCAUUUUCUUUUAACUAUGUUAAAGUUGUGCCUUCACAAUCAAUGAAAAACAUAGGGUUUCUAUAGUUUCCAAAUGUAUACAUUAUAUUUUUCUAAAAAAAAAAAAAAAAGCCACCUUGACUCUCACCUGUACUUUUCUUACUAAAAUAUUUCUCCAAAAUUUAAGGAUAGAUCAUUUAUAAGUGUCAAAUCAAGUUUCUUGAGUAGAUGUUGUUGUUAAAGAUUUAUGCAAAUCUUAUCCCCUCUACAGGAAUAACUGCUUAAGGCUGUCCAAGAAAGCAUUUCAGCAGCAAAAAAGUGGUCUUUAUAUCAUGUACAAGUUUAAAAAAAAUACAAGGGAGUACAUAGUAACACAUCCCUUUAUAGUUUCAGUUUAAAAAUUUUUCUUUGCCUUUAUUUUGAUUUCAUGUGUAUCGGUAUUUUGCCUGUAUACAUGUCUGGCUGUGCACCACAUCCAUGCCUGGUGCCCAUGGAAACUGGAAGAGGGUGUUGGAUCCCUUGGGACUGGAGUUGCAGAUGGCUGUAAGCUGCCAUGUGGGUGCUGGGACUUGAACCCAGGUCCUCUGGAAGAGCAACCAGUGCUCUUAACUGCUGAGCCAUCUCUUCUGCCUUGUAGUUUUAGGUUUUUAAAGACUUGUAACCCUUUUUAAAACUUGAGUACCUAGAUUAAUUCAGGCUGCAUAUGUAUUAUAUUAGAGUGUUUUUUAGAUAGAAGGAAACAUAAUAUAUAGAAAUAGACAUUAGAAGGACACAAAAACUGAAUCUAGUUUCUAUCAGUACUCCAUUUACUUGAAGAUACAGAUUAAACUUCCGUACUUACUCAAGUUUUAUUUUGGUUUUUCUGAUCUUUGAAAUUUGAUUCCAUUGAUUAGGUCAGGUUUUAUCUUUUAAAUUUUUAUCUGACUAGAUAUUAUAUGUAUAAUUUAUUGUUUGCCUGGACCAUCCUGACAAUCUUCCCAUCAUCUGUCAUCACCCCUGGUUUCCAGUCCUCUUCCCAUAAGUGAGCCCUGCUGACCUGGGAGGGAUGUGUGCUGUUCAGGGUACAAAUGUACUCUUGUUCAUCCGUUUUCACACCUCCAAGAUGAGUAGUUAGAACUUUAUAUGAGUAGUGCUAACUAGCAGUAGUUAUCACUCUGCUAACUUGCAACUUGAAAGAAAUAAUUUUCUUUUCAUUCUUUGCAAAAUCUCAGGUGUUUUUCUAGAAAUUAGAGGUGAAAUUAGCUCUCAAAUUAUUUUAAUUUCUCUGAGAAAGUACCAAGUGACAAGUCAUUACAAAAGCUCAGGAUUUUGCAUUUCUGUGUAAAUAAUGCACGUGCUAUGUGAACAAACCCAGUCUUUAAUGUUAAAACCAACUCAGCUUAUUCAAAGGUAAAAACUAGUGUGUUGAAAAAUGGACUAGACCUUUGAUAUUUGAACGAAAGUUCAAUUAGAUGCUUUUGUUUAAUUGUUAACUUUUGCUGAGUAAAUGACGGAGAGGCUGCACCAACAGCCCCAUUCUAUUCAGUACAGGCCUGGGGUCUUCUGUUUACAGCAAACGAGCUGUCUAACAAGAGAGACAAGUUAAGUGCCAUUUUACAAUUCUAACUGUACUUUCACUUAUAAUGUCAAUAAAAUGCUUGCCAAAAUACAGCUGUUUUACUAACAUCUGCAUCCUCCUUCAAAUCCGAUAUUAAAAGCACCAGUUACGUUUUAUGAAGACUGUUAAAGAAAAUUAGUCUUUUAAAAACUACGUUGAAAUAACACAAUUUCUUAAAAUAAUUUGUUUCAUUAAUUUGUAACUAAUAUUUAAUUUCUUAAUUUAAACCAUUGCUCCAGUAAAAUAUUAACACAUCCAGAAAUAUCUGAAUUCAGACUUAUUUGAAACAAAGUCUCUUUUACCCACCCAUUAUAUUGUUGUAAUUGAAGUCUUACAUAUGGGCUGGAGUGUUGGAGAACUUGCCCACCAUGUUCCAAGUGCCUACCCCGGCACUGCUUACUAAGUAGCUAUAAAUAACAAAAAGAAUUUCCCAGAGUCUCUCUAUCCUUACUGCCAAUUUCAUAUGUACUUAAACAACCCUCUUAGCAACAUAGAUGAAAAUAGCUCCUAAAGAAAAUAAAAUACAUAAAUACUGGAUCUUGGAAAUAAAAGUGAAUAGAUAACCAGAGCUGAAAAUUUGACUCUGAGAAUUUGCCAUCUCUCCCUCUCUUGCUUACCUAACACCAAUAAUUUUUAAGAGGUAGAGAAGUUGGAUUUCUUCCCCUUGAACACCCUUUAAAAACAAAGUUUAUUAUAUUUAUUAGCAUUUAUUACAAAAUACUUGCUAGUAAGCUCCACACUUGUGGCUUAGAAAAUAGAAAUCAUUGAACUUAAAUGCAUUUUAUUUACUUCUAGCUUCUAAGUUUUACUUUUGAUUAGCAAUUCUUUAUAGUAGAGUGUAAUUUAAUACCCCUUUGAAGGAAGAUACCUUUGUCCCAUAUGCUGCUGUCAUUCAUGUAUUUUAGUUAAAUGGGCAGACAGGUUCUGGUGGAAUGGCAUAUUUUUAAUAAAUACUAAUGAUCUUUCUAGUUUU